GGUAUUUCUUGACCAUCCACACGUCGCUAAAAAAUCGCAAUGGAACCAGACGAGUCGGAGUAUCUCAUUCUUCCAGGCUCGAAUGCAUACUCGGAUUUUCGCCUCGCUCGUCUCGCGAAGGCCAUCGGUGCAGAGGAGGUUCGCGCUUUAUGGGUUCAUUACAUUAACCCCGCGAGGCAGUUGACGGAGCAAGAGAUCAGAGAUUUGCAAAAUAUUUUGGACUACGGUGAUAAACCCGACCUCAGCGAUAGGCUUACAGCCGUACUCAAUGCGUCAUUGAGCAAUGUACACGUUGCGGACGACUCGAAGACAGCUGUCUUUCACGUCUUCCCAAGGCCUGGUACGAUCUCACCAUGGAGCUCGCAAGCCUCAAACAUAGCACAAAUAUGUGGUUUAGACAAGGCAGUCAGGCGAAUUGAACGUGGCAUGGCUAUUGCGGCUACAUUUGCCGAGCGAAUUGAGGAUAACGCCAUUCCACACGCAGACUCUCUUCACGAUCGAAUGACACAAAAGAUCAGUCGAACGGCGCCGGAUUUGAAUGAAAUAUUUGGAGAGCAUGAACCAGCGCCGGCUAGAACCGUCGACCUUUGGAAACCUGGCUCAAACCCUCGUGCUGAGCUCGAGCACGCGAAUCGCGAAUUGGGGCUCGCUCUCGACUCAUCUGAAAUCGAUUAUUUGGUGCACGCGUAUUCUGAACAACUUAAGAGAGGGCCGGUUGACGUUGAGCUUUUCAUGUUUGCACAGGUAAAUUCAGAGCAUUGCCGCCAUAAACAAUUCAAUGCGGACUGGACUAUCGACGGCAUAAAGCAAGCCCACAGCUUAUUCCAGAUGAUACGAAAUACCCACCAGAAGAACCCAGGAUAUGUGGUCAGCGCAUACAGCGACAACGCCGCAGUCAUGGAAGGAGAUGAUGCUGCGUUCUGGGCGCCCAAUAACUCAACGGGCGAGUGGCAACAGUACAAAGAAAAGGUUCAUUUUCUUGCCAAAGUUGAAACACACAACCAUCCUACAGCCGUAUCUCCUUUUCCGGGGGCCGCUACAGGUUCCGGUGGCGAAAUCAGAGAUGAAGGCGCGGUUGGCAGAGGCUCGAAACCGAAAGCAGGGCUGGCUGGUUUUACUGUCUCUGACCUCUUGAUUCCAGAUUUUAAGCAGCCAUGGGAAUUGGACGUAGGUAGACCGGCUCACAUUGCAAGUAGCUUAGACAUCAUGUUGGAAGCACCCAUCGGAAGCGCAGCUUUCAACAAUGAGUUCGGUCGGCCGUGCACGACUGGGUAUUUUCGAACAUUGACUACGAAGGUUCCAGUCGAUGAAGGGAAGGAGGAGGUUAGAGGCUAUCAUAAGCCAAUUAUGAUCGCCGGAGGAGUUGGCACAGUAAGACCAGAGCACGCGAUCAAACAUGCCGAUAUUGUGCAACCGGGAGCAAAACUCAUCGUGAUUGGCGGACCGGCGAUGCUCAUUGGGCUCGGAGGUGGUGCGGCAUCAAGCGUACAAUCCGGCGAAGGUUCAGUCGAACUGGAUUUUGCUAGCGUUCAACGUGGCAAUGCUGAGGUUCAACGAAGAGCCCAAGAAGUAAUCAAUACAUGUACAGCGAUGGGUUCGGCAAACCCGAUCCUGUUCAUCCACGACGUUGGCGCUGGAGGCUUGUCAAAUGCACUACCCGAGCUCGUUCACGAUUCUGGACUCGGGGCGACCUUUGAACUUCGAGAAGUGGAUAAUGCCGACAGAGGUAUGAGUCCUCUGCAGAUAUGGUGCUGCGAGGCUCAGGAACGAUACGUCCUUGCUGUUGCCCCAGAAAACUUGGAGCUAUUCAAACGCCUAUGCAAACGCGAAAGAUGCGGCUACUCAGUUGUUGGCACUGCAACUGGAGGCAAUAGGGACGAGGAUAAAAGACUCAUUUUGAUGGAUCGAGAAUCAAAGGAAUAUCCAACGCCAAUUGAUCUGCCCAUGUCGAUACUGUUUGGCAAGCCGCCUCGCAUGAGCAGGAUUGUAGAUAAGAGGAAGCUGAAGCUUCCGGAGUUUGAUUCGUCACUAACCACUUACGCGCCUCAGCUUCUCGCUGAUAACCUGCUUUCGGAGGCUGUUGAUAGAGUCAUGGCUCUCCCGUCAGUUGGCUCAAAAUCGUUCCUGAUCACAAUUGGCGACAGGUCAGUCGGCGGUCUGACCACUCGAGAUCAAAUGGUAGGACCAUGGCAGACUCCUCUUGCUGAUGUAUCCGUCACUGCUACCGCACUUCUUCGCGGCGUGAAAACCGGUGAAGCUAUGGCAAUGGGUGAGAAGCCGACUUUGGCGCUCAUAUCACCAGCUGCGUCUGCUCGAAUGGCUGUCGCAGAGUCAUUGAUGAACAUAUUAGCCGCACACAUUCCCGACAGAUUGUCCAAAAUUCGCCUCUCUGCAAACUGGAUGGCGGCAAGUAGCCACCCUGGUGAAGGAGCGGCGCUGUAUGAAGCAGUCCAAGCUAUCGGCAUGGAGCUCUGCCCUAAACUUGGUAUUAGCAUUCCCGUGGGCAAGGACUCGAUGUCCAUGAAGAUGAAGUGGAAAGACUCAGGAAGCAACGAAUCGAAAGAGGUCAUUGCACCACUGUCCUUGGUCAUCACUGCAUUCGCUCCUGUGAAAGAAAUUGCGAACACAUGGACUCCGGCACUACGAAGACACGAGGAUCUUGAAGAAGAUACCGUGCUGCUAUACGUGGAUUUAGCACAUAACAAGAAGCGACUUGGCGGUUCAGCACUCGCCCAAGUCUUUGGCCAAAUUGGAAGUCAAGCGCCGGAUGUCGAAGAAGCAUAUGACCUUUUAGAUUUUGCGGACGCUGCUGAGCAACUCCAUGAAUCAGAUAUUGUUCUUGCGUAUCAUGAUCGAUCAGAUGGUGGCCUGUUCACUACUCUUGUUGAAAUGGCAUUCGCAGGCCGUUGUGGCAUCGACAUUGACCUGGGACAUCUCAACAUCUCUCCAGAUCGUCAGGCCGUCAUCGAGACCCUCUUCAAUGAAGAACUGGGUGCGGUGUUCCAAGUGCGCAAGAAAGACGAAACUCGCUUCAAGAGCUGCUUUGCUUCGUGCGGGCCACCACCUGGACUUAUCAAGCGACUCGGCACGGUCGCGAGCGGUUCGCGAAAGAGCCAAGUUAUCACGUUCCGCCACGGCUUGAAGAUCUUGUAUCAGUCUACAAGAGCUGAAUUGCAGCAGAAGUGGGCAGCCACGUCGUAUCACAUGCAAAAAUUGCGCGACAAUCCGGCUUGUGCUGAGCAGGAAUACAGUAACAUACUCGACGAUUCAGAUCCUGGUCUGUCGUACCGGCUCACAUUCAAUCCGAAGGAUGAUAUCAUGCCGUUGACGAGCAAGAUGUCCUCGCUGUUCGCUGGAAAGCCGCGCGUCGCAAUCCUUCGUGAAGAGGGCGUUAAUGGCCAGGCUGAAAUGGCUUUCGCCUUCCAUUCGGCAGGCUUUUUGGCAAUUGAUGUGCACAUGACAGAUAUACUUUCUGGCCGCGUCUCUUUGAACACUUUCGUAGGUCUGGCAGCAUGCGGUGGCUUCUCGUAUGGAGAUGUGCUCGGUGCUGGUCGAGGGUGGGCCAAAUCAGCCCUUCUACAUCAGGAGGCGCGAAAAGAAUUCGCUGAUUUCUUUGCCCGAAAAGAUACGUUCGCGUUGGGAGUAUGCAACGGAUGCCAAUUUCUCAGUCAGAUGAAGGAGGUUAUCCCGGGUGCGGAAGACUGGCCGACAUUUGAGCGAAACACGAGCGAGCAGUACGAGGCUCGGGUUUGUAUGGUCGAAAUUGUUGACCAGCCUCCUUUGCAAUCUGCAUCCUCCGCUUCCGAGUGGCAACCGUCUGCCUUUCUGCACGGUAUGCACGGGUCUAUGCUGCCUAUCGUAACAGCCCACGGAGAAGGAAAAGCCACAUUUUCUAAAGACCUAUCGUCUACGUCGACGCCGGAGAACCUCGUGCAGCAAGGACUCGUGAGCAUGCGUUAUGUGGACAACUACCGCAAGGUCACAGAACGGUAUCCGUAUAAUCCCAAUGGAAGUCCCCUUGGCAUUACCGGUGUGCGCACGCCUGAUGGCAAAGUGUUGGCGUUAAUGCCUCAUCCGGAGAGAACCAUCUUAAAGGAGGUGCGGAGCUGGGCUCCCGAGGAAAUGGAGAGUGAGUGGGGAGACUUUGGGCCAUGGAUUAGAAUGUUUAAGAGCGCAAGGAAAUGGGUUGGGUAGAUGGAGUUGCAUUUACAGCUUUGUCCUUUGAGGAGAUAUGGUCGACUGGGUAUCAGGUACAUUUCAUUCAUGGUUCGCAAGCUGAUAGACGCGUGAAGCAAUUUGAUUAUGCUUUCUACUCAGAAUCUUCUUAUUCUGCAAUCGAAUAAACAA